AGUCUCAUUUAGAUACUCGUCGAAAGCGGUUGUGUGCGAGAACGGCGCGCUGCCAUUUUCCUCAACCGACUCAGAACGCGAGCACAACAAACAUACCUUUAGCCGAGUCAAACGAAGAACCAACAAAAAAUUAAUGUUGAAUUAAAUUACCCCACACUCAACUAACUGUAUAUUCAUUAAUGGUGCAAAUACUUGUGGAUUCGUGCGAUUGCGAGGGAAAUGCAAAGGAAUUAGAAAUAAAUGAAAGUAUAAUACAAAUAUAAGUGGCGCAUUUCGUUAAAAAGCGAGCAGUACGAAAUGAUGAUGUUAAUAAGCAUGCAAUAGCAGUGCUUAAAUAAACAUUUAUAUGUGUUUGUAUGAAUAUGUGCGUGUUUGCAACAGAAAAGAAAUUAAAUCGUGUAAUAAACGCAGACGCUAGUUGAAAGAAAUUCACAUACUCCAAAUAUUUCGCUCGCUUCACCUACCCACCUACACUACCUACAUACAAACACAGCCCCCACCAACUUCGUGGAGUAGGAAGUAAUACGCGUUGCCAUACAUAAAUAAAUAGCACAGAAACUGAGCAGCGAGCCAAACAGUUAGGCAGUCAGUCCGCCAAUUGGGUUGUGCCUACCUGGGUCUGUGUGCCAGCGUGUGUGCGUAUGUGUGGUUGAAGUUUGGUGGCCUCACCACACAACAUAAACUCAUCGAAGGACUAAAUUUGGCAUUUAUAUGAAAGUAAUUUAAUUAAAAAUGUUAAUUAUGCAUUUAUGUAUGCAUUCUAUUUCUAUGUAUCUGUGUUUGGUGAAAAUUUAAAAAAUUCUGCUGACUAAUUGUCCAAGUGUGUGAGUUUUUGUAAAUGACAUCAACAAGUAACAAAACAGAAAUUUUACAAGCGAAAAGCAAAAAGAUGCUGUAAAGCAGGGAACAAUGUGCAUUUAGUAAAAAAUAAUAUAAAUAAAGUAAUAUAUAUGUACAUAUUUAUAUAGUAAAAGCCUGUUAUAGCAAUCAUUUAACAGUGAAUAGUCGGCCAAAGGCAGACAGCACACAUACAAACAAAAAUAAUAUAUAUAAAAAAUAUUGGCUACACACAAAGUCAAUGUGAAAGGCCACCUGUGAGUCACAAUAAUAAUAAUAACAACAGCAAUAACGAUUCAUAAAUAUUUAUACAAAGAAAUCGUCAUAAGGCGACAACGCAGCCACCUACAUACAAGCGCAUAACAUACAUAAGUAAAUAAAUACACAUUUAACCAGCGUGAGUAACCCAAUCGGCGACUAACGCUUAUAGCAAUUAAGAACCCACCUUAUCGACUACGCGAACUGCCCCUACAGCCCACCUACGUAUACAGUGUGUAAUAUCAACGCUUACGCCACAGCCUACACAUGGGUCGCCGCAAAGAUAAGCCGCGUCUCAUACCGGAACAGGAUAAGCGCAUCUGUCGCGCCAUUUGCCUCUGCCAAUUGACCAUGGUCUUGUCCUGUGUGUCCAUCGUUUACCUAAGCGUUGCCAUCUAUUCGCCAUCACUUAAAGCAUUCAAAUCCGGUUUCGAACUCGACCCCGUUAUGUGCCAAACGGUCGAUCGCCAAAUGCCCAAUAACUGCCCGUGGGCCUCAUGUGGCGAAUGGUGUCUGACGCGCACAAGUGGGUUUUGUCCACAAAUACAUUCGGUGGUGCGACGUAACGGUACCGAUAUUCAACUCAAUAAUUGCACGCGAAUCGCCAAUACAUCAUGUGCCAUGAUCGACAUGAAUCGUUUGAAUAAAUUCAACUGCAAUAAUGGUACAGUAUGUAAUAAUAUUCGUGGCGUCUUCAACUGCUCCAAUGGUCACUGCAAAAACAUGUCCGAAUUCUUUUUGUGCCAUCACAAACCCGAUGGUCCAACCAUUAACUCAGCAAAAGACAAUACAAAAUUGAAUGGAUUUUUCGAGUGUCACGGAGUACAUUGUACGAAGAUCAAGAAACCAUUCACAUGCGAUCGUUACUGCACAAAGAUUACAACGACAUCGAUCAAUGUACUGUUGAUGCAUGAAGACACCGUGAUCACUGCCGAUUGCGACACCGCUGUUGCCUUCAAUGAGGCACGCGGCAGCGAACAUGGUGCAAAAAUUGAACCCACCGAAAUUUGGAAGGAUGAAGAUGGUCAACUGCUGACCAAUUGCGCUACGGUGAAGCGAGAGGGCGACAAGAUAUUCGCAACGGACUGCCUGAAUGGCACCAUAUUGGAAUCAGGCACACUGCCAAAACCAUUCAUGAAUUUCACACAAUUCUGGAGCAUAUACGCGAAUAGCACACAUUCCGUCGAUCCGGAACAGCGUUUCCUACCCAAUCAGGCCAAUCUGACAAUAUACACGUGGAAAAAGUUAUAUAUCAAUUUGGAGGGCUGCGUAAACACAUUGCGCGGCGAAUGCAAGGAUUUUGUAGCACGCUAUGGCAACGAUGGCGAUAACAACACGGCACAGUCACGCUAUCAGUGUUACUACAACAAGGAUCCAGCUGUGGAAUUUGUGGUGGCUCGCUACGACUUGGACAAGGUCUAUCGUGAGUUGUUGGUGUCGCUAAUUGUGCCGAUUGUUUUGUUUGUGGUUUCAUCGAUUUCACUUUGCAUAAUAACAAAAUUGGUCAAGGUUGGUGACGAUGCCAAAAUGCGCUGCGUCUGCUCGGGUGAUGACUCUGACUUGGAAGAUAACUAUCGUGGUAAGCAACGCAAACAGGGUACACAAAUAUACGAAACGGACGACGAUAUGGAUAUUAGGCGUAGAAAUAUCGAGGAAGAACCACCCAUCGACACACACGAGAUGAUCGGUAGUACAAAAUCACUGAUACCGUUAAGUCCCGCCACCGAAUCGGGCACCAGUGAUCGUACCUACGACGAUGAAAAAGCUUCCAGAUGUGACGCGCCCGAAAAGCCACUCGUCGAGCUUUAAACGAUAAUUUGACAUGUAAGCGGAAAUUCUAAUAUGCACAACUACAUACACAAAAUAUUCAUGCCGCCAUCUAUUAAAACAAGGAACGCCCAAAAAUUCAGCAGAAGGCGUUGAUGACAUCAUUUGUAUUUAAUAUCGCUUCAUAAUUAACGAUCAUUUGAUUAUACGAAGACACCAUAAAAUACAAUGACUGCCUUAUACGAAAAAGAAAUACAAAUACAACAACAAAAAGGGAAAAAUAUAUUUAGUGAAUUAAGAAACAAAAAAUUAUUGUAAAACUUAUGUUCGCAAUAUGUAUGUGGUUAUGUAUUUACACAGAUAUUUGUAUUUAGUUUACUGUUAGGCCAAAACCAAAAGAAGAAAGUACUAGAAACUUAAAUUUACUAACAAAAAAUUAUAUAAUCUACUUGUACUUAUUUUGAAAACUUUUUUUUCUAAACAAUAUCUUGAAUAACAUAAGCUUGAUGUUUAUUAAAACUCUGUAUUCAAAAACGUUUCGCGUUUUGCAUAUGUGAAUACGAAGAUAAGUGAGUGUUUCUUUUGCAAUAUUGAACGAAAAUAAUUUGAAUAUAUAAAUCAAACAAGUUGUAGACUAAUCGGAGCAGAAUAGAUCUCUGUGAAAAGUAGUAAAUAUUUCAAUACUACUAUGUAGCUCUAAGAGGACACACCUAGUGUGAAAUUUUGAAUCAAAAUUUUUAUUUUUUAUUUUUUUCAUAUUUCGAUAGGUUAUACCCUUCAAAAUAAUUGUAGUUCUUCGUACAAUAAUCUAACAGUUUUUUAAUGUGAUCUAAAAUUAAAUUUUGACAGUCGAAACGUUUUUGGACAUUUCCAACAUUUUGGGAAAAUCAACUUUUUUUAAAAGCCCUCAUUGCAUGACCGUAGGUCAUUGUACCUACAAUAUCUUCUAGUAGAGAAUUAUUUUUUAAGUUUCAUCCACGGAAUAGGCCAGAAUCAUUGCAGCAAUGGAAUUUUUUAGCGCCGUCGGAGAUUGAAAGUAACUCGAAAAAUAAUUAAUUUUUUUCUGCAAACAUUUUACUAUGUAUACAUAAGUAUACCCCUAAAAUUUUGAAAAAAUUUUAAUUUCCCAAAAAUUUAAUUUUUUAGGCAGUCGCACUAGGUGUGCCCCUUAAGAUCUGUGUAAAAUCUUAAAUAACUCUUUACUUAAGUUUUGACAUCUUAAAUGUCAACAUUGAUACAAAUACUUAACUAACAAUUGCGGAGAUGUCGUCUUUAACUGUCAACGACGUCUACUUAUAUUUUAUAACGGUAAAAUUGUAAGGUAAAUAUAUAUUUUUAUUUCGAUAACUUUGCAAAUGCGUCUUUAAACUAUUUUCUCCUCUUAUGGGAAAACAAAACGGUAAUUAGAGUAACUAAGCAGGGUUCAUUGAAACGUUAUUUUCUAACAACGUUCACAAAAAUUUGGAACUGCAAAUAAUUAAUAUAAGCAAAUACUAGGAAUAAUAUUUCAAAUUUUCCAAACAUAAAAACAAAUAUUUGUAUCUGAAAAGCUUUACCUUAUCUUAGAAAAAAAUUUCUUCUAACAUAAAAAAUCCGGUAAAUAUAUACUAUCGAAAAUGCAUUUCUUAUAAACCACCGAAGUGAAAAUUAGUAAGGAAAAUGAUCACUAGAUAAAAGAUCAAAUGUUAAGUUAAAAAAAAAAGUAUAUAUAUAUAUUAUAUAUACAUAUAUACGUAUAUACAAAAAUAAUAUAUAAACUGUAAUAAGAAGAGCAACUGUUCGUAAUUUACUUUAUUAUAAAAAAUAAUUAUAUCAAUAUUAAGAAAGUUUUGACUAAUUAUGAUGACUCAUGAUAUCAAAGGUUGAGUACUUGGUGGAGUAAAGAGCAAGGAUUAACAACAAGUAGAAAUGUGCGGUAACAUCACGUUUAGCUACUCGGAAGUUCAACGCUGCUCCACUCUACGCUCCACUAUGUGCUCAGCCUAAGCAACAAAGAGCGUUGGGCUUAAUCAAAAGCAUAUGUAAACUGUAUUCACACACGAAGACUUUUGUAGCCCAAACUGGUUUUUCCAGGCGAGGGGCCGACGAGGAAAGACGAAGGGACUUUUUGUUUUUGUUCAUAACAGUUUGCUGCUACGCAAUUUAGCAUUCCUUUUCAUUUUGAAAUUUAUUCCAAGGUUGCAAUUGCUCUCUGUUUCAAAUCAAUAUUUGUAUAAUGUUCGAAAACUUUCAUGAAAAAUAUUUUUGUACACCGCGUAAAUAAAGUGUUCAAGAAUUUGAGAAUGUGAUAUGAAAAGCAAUUCAGAAAAUUGACCGACUCGAGUUUUCAUACUUGUUUCGUCCGCGUGAAUGCAAUACACAACACCCGAAGUGAAAUUUCCGCUAAUGAGCUACAAAAGUCUUCAUGUGCAAACCCAGUCUAACGCAUCAUGUAUAAAUAUGUAUGUAUUGUGUAUGUGAGCAUAUAAACAUGUACAAUGGUGUUGUGUGAACACAGCCCUAGGCAACAAAAUAUGCACGAUACCAAGUAUUUGGUUGAGUAUUAAAAGAACACACAGCUCAGUUACUAAAGUAGAGCGGCAAAUGAAUAAAUUAACGGGAAUUACAAGCGAAUUACGAUCGAACUACUAAAUACUCGUACUAGCGCUAUAUGUAUGUAUGUAGAUAUUUAUGUGCAUUUAAUCAAAUGUUAACGCGAAGCUAAUGCAAAAAUCAACAAUCACUCAGUCUGUUUUAUGGAAUUCAAUCUACUUCUUAAUAUACACAACAACAGAAAAAAGAAAAAAACUUUGAAUUUAUAUAAAAUAUAAAAAUACAAACCUUUGUGGAAAACUACUAGUACUUUGUAAUAUAAAAAUAUAAUAGUUUUAGUAAAAACAUUUACGGCAUUAUACAAAGAGCGUGGAUUUACUAAUAAAUUAGAAACUUAUUUACUGUGAAUAUAUUUAUGUAUGUGACGCGAAGUGUAUGUAUCAUUUAUUUACAUAAGCAUAUUUAUACUUUAUGUAACUAUGUAUGUAGCUAUCGAUUAAAUUUAUUGUGGUAUUUAAGAAAUAUACAUGUACUAUACAUUACUGAUGAUUUACACUUUCUACAAACGCACUUUAUGCAGCAUUUAUGCACCAAAAAUUUAUGAGCUAAAAAAAUUAAACUAUACACUCGUUAGAUUUUGAGUAAGGCUAUUAUAUGUAUUUGAUUUGAAAAUCAAAAUAACUUUAUGGUUAUGUAUGCCUUAUGUGUUAGAUGUAAGAUCAUGAAUAGCAUCGACUUUCCUCAUACUCUUAGCACUCUCAUAAGUCUUCUUAUUUCAUGGUUUUAUAGGUACUAUUAUGUACAUAAAUUAAAGUAGCUUAAGGGGUUUAUCCACUUGCAAGUAAGAAAACACGCGUUUUUCUGCGGUUUUUUUUCGUUUUUUUGAAGUUUCCCUUCAUCCGUAACCGAUUUCCAGAAAGAUCUCCAAAAUUUUUCAACUUUAAAUGAUCUCAAAUCCCAGAAAUUUGUUGUUGUUAAAUUUUGAGUUUUGACAUAAUAUCUGUUUGCCAAAAAAAAGUCCAUUUUUGUCAAAAAACUAACACUUCAAGGUAGCUUAUAAAUCCAAAUUAUUAUCACAAUAUUAUUUUUAUUUAAAGAGUUCGUGUGAAAAUUUAAAGUCGAUCGUCAUAGUCGUUUCGAAGAAACCGACUCUGAAGACAGUGUUUCGAGAAAAAUGUGAUUAAAGGUUUGGAAGGCGAUUAACUAAGUUAAAGAAUUCUUACAAAUACAGUACUAUCUCCGAAAAUAUUUGCCGAACCAACAUUAAACUUCGGAGAAUAUUUUCAGUUAUAACAUGUGUACAUUCGAUAUAUAACUAUGUAGAACAAUUGAUUUUUGGAAAUUGACAAGUGAAUAUAACUCCCUAAAUCAAUUUAAGUUCACAUAGACAGUUUGAGUUAUUUUGAGCAACAUAUUCGUUAUAUUUCUGUUGUAUUUCAUCAAAAAAAAAAAAAAAAA